AUGGUUGAUGGAAAAGUGAAAAAGAAGGCCAGAUUGGUAGCCAGGGGCUAUCAGCAACCAUCGUUAGAAGAAGAAGUGUAUGCACCAGUAGCAAGAAUGGUGACAUUAAGAGUUUUACUUGCUCUAGCAGUAGAAAAUGAUCUGAAUAUACACCAAUUAGAUGUAAGAUCAGCUUUUUUGAAAAGUAACCUGAAUGAGGUAGUCUAUAUGAAACCACCUGACGGUUUAACUAAUUGCGAACCAGGUCAGUUUAGAGGUGUACUCCAAAAAGCAAAAGAAAGUGGCCUUCAUUCUGUAGCGUUACCUAUCAUAAAUUCUGUGAAGAGAAAUUAUCCACCUGAAGAAGGGGCUCACAUUGCACUCCGAACUGUGCGAAGAUUCCUUGAACAUCACGGCAGUUCAUUAGAAACUGUGAUAUUUGUUGUCAAUAAAGUAGAUUUAGGUAUAUACGAAGUACUAUUACCAUUGUACUUUCCACGAUCCAAACUGGAGGAAGAAUCAGCCAGGUAUCAGUUACCGGAGGACGUCGGAGGUCCUGACGGAGAACCGAUCGUGCCCGAUAGACAGAUUCGAAUCAUUGACAAUCCCCAACAUACACUUCAUCCCGAUGAUGAGUCAGUUGACCUCUCCGUGCAAUUGGAAACUUCGAUAACGGUAGGAGACCAUGCCUUCAGCCAGAUGCAGGGAGAUCUGGAUCAGCAAAGACUUCUGGGAGGAAGAUCGCUAAAUGAUCCUUUGGCCGACAUUAUGGUUAAGGAAAUUCAGCAUCAAGAAAGGUGA